CGAGAAAAAUGGUGUUGCAAGUCGGAGAGGAAUUCCAGUGAGGGACGUUCUUACAUGACGUCGGGAGAUCCCUGGCUAACGUUUGUAGUAUCGAUACAUUAUUGGCUACAUUGGAGUAUUACGGGAUUAUCGAUCUAGUUAGUCAUCAGACGUACAUCUUCCUGGGUAGCUAUAUAAAAGCAUUCAUAUCAUGUCUAAGAUUCAGCAUUUUAUUGGAAUGAGGAUCUGUAGUACCCAUUAUUAGCUAAAUCAGUUUUUGUUUACACCGGUAGCUAGAUAGCUAACGUACUGUACGCGCGAGCUGAACUCCGCUGUUCGUGGAAGAGUAGCUACCAAGAACACUUCUGGAUUACAAAAGUAAGAACGAAUUUAUCACAGCAAUCGCGUUGAGUUUAGCUGGACAUGGGGCUUCUCUUCGCCAAGUUAAUGACUGUCUUUGGAGACAAAGAACACAAAGUCAUUCUCGUGGGGCUUGAUAAUGCAGGGAAAACCACAAUCCUCUACCAAUUCCUGACCAAGGAGGCGGUCCACACCUCCCCCACCAUCGGCAGCAAUGUGGAGGAGAUCGCCGUGCGGAAGACCCGCUUCCUGGUGUGGGACAUCGGGGGACAGGAAAGCCUGAGGGCCAGCUGGAACUCCUAUUACUGCAACACUGAGAUCGUGAUUCUCGUGGUGGACAGCACCGACCGAGAGCGACUCACGCUCACCAAGGACGAGCUGCAUCGCAUGCUGGCGCACGAGGCUCCCAGCCAGUCUGGACUGGAUGAGGUCACGGGUCCUGGCCAGCUAGGGUCCCGCUCGGCCCCGCCCCCUCGCACGGCGCUCACCGGUACGCCCUCCCUGACCUCGGCGGCGUGGCCUCUCCACGCACCACAGCUCCGCCGCACCUCUGCCCUGCAGGGACCCCGCCCCCCCACGACCUCGCACUGACCUGCGGUUGCCACGGGAUACGCACGGAUCUCCUUGCCUUUGAUGUGGACUGAGCUCGCCUCAGGGGAGGGGCCUCCUUUGCUCUGUGUGCGUGUGUGUGUGUCUGCUUCUGUGUUCUGUAGGACCACAUAUACACCAGCACACUAACUCUUGUUGCAGCCCUGGACAGCCUGUACAUACACACACACACACACACACACACACAGGCAGACAUGUGGCCAUUCUUGCCCCUGGCUGCACUGGAGGGGAUGGGCCACAAUUGAAUCUUGAGCCGCUAUUGGCUGACAGCCGACCAGCAGCACAGGGGAUUGGUCAGUUCCUCCUGCCGAGCCUCUCUUUGGGAUAUUGACUGAAUCUCACGUGUUACAUGCAGACAAGAAGAAUCACAAUGGACCUAUGGACCAGAUGGGUGCCUGCCAUGUUUUUUUUCUCAGAGCUUCUGUACGUGUACAUUUACAUGGAGUAUUUAUUUGAAAGGACAAACAAAUGGAAAAUCUUCCAUUUCUUACUGUAAUUGUGUUUGCAUGCUGUAAAAAAUCUAAUGUACAGGUAUUGUAUUUUUGUACAAAAUAAAUGUCAUUACUGAUAAA